AUGGAACAUGCAAGGCCCGAGAAAUGGUGUGAGGCAAGGUGUCGCACGCCCAGCUUGUUGGGGUGGGGUGCUGUUUGGGUCGCCUCAAAGGUGUGGGUAAGAAAUGGUGAUCUCGCGGAUCUGAGGUUUGGGUCAAGCUUUAGACAGUGUUAUAGGAAGAGCCCUGAGAGAGAAGUAAAUCAUGAUUCAGAUGAAGUUUCCCAACAGCGGAGGCCCACAAGAUCUGCACAUAGACAACAAGAAGCUGCCCCUGUUGCUGAGGAUGUUCAGCACGUGGAUCAUGCAGUUGAUGAGGUCCACAAACAGCCUGAAGAAGCAGUUGUUGAUGAUGAAGUUGCUGAUGCUAAGGAUUUUCUAGGCGGGCCGUAUGACAUAUCAGUUCUGACUGGUUAUGUUGAUCAUGUUGCAGUCAUUGUUAGGAAAAGAUUAAGUCCUCUGAUUGCAUGUUCCUUGGACACUGGCGAUCGGAGACUUAUAUCGGCUUUUAUGGAGAGGUGGCAUAAGGAAACUAGCAGUUUCCAUCUUCUUGUAAGAGAGGUGACUAUCACCCUCAAUGAUGUGGCAUCUUUGCUUCAUCUACCCAUCACAAGUGUCUUCCAUAGCUUUGAGGCUCUUCAUAUUGAUGAAGUGGUGUUGCUAUUAGUAGAAUUACUUGAGUGUGGGAUUUAUGAGCAUUUUCCUUCUGUUGCUAAGGCUAUAGCUACUGAAGAUUAUCAUGAGAGGAAAUCACGUGCCUACCGUUGGAAGUUUAGGAAGACAUUAACAUUGUCAAUGUAUCAGAAGCGUCUAGAUAGAUUAUCAUGA